AUGGGAAGUACAAACAUCUCUAGCAAUGAACAACCUAAUGUAAAGAGAGGAGAACCGAUUCGAGUUCAACCGGCGGAAGAAACAGAAAAAGGACUAUAUUUUCUUUCGAAUCUCGACCAGAAUAUUGCGGUUCCAAUGCGUACAGUUUAUUGCUUUAAAUCAGAAUCUAGAGGAAAUGAAGAAGCAGUAAAAAUUAUUAAGGAAGCUUUGUCGAAGAUUCUUGUUCCUUAUUAUCCUAUGGCUGGAAAGUUGAUUAUAUGUUCAGAAGGGAAGUUGAUAGUGGAUAAUACAGGAGAAGGUGCAGUUUUUGUUGAGGCUGAAGCUGAUUGUGGUGUAGAUGAGAUUGGUGAUUUGAAAAAACCAGAUCCUGAUAAGCUUGGGAAAUUGGUUUAUGAUGUUCCUGGUGCUAGGAGUAUAUUGGAGAUGCCUCCUAUGACCGUUCAGGUAACAAAGUUCAAAUGUGGAGGAUUCACAUUAGGACUCAACAUGCUCCAUUGCAUGAAAGAUGGACUAUCUGCCAUGGAGUUUGUUAAUGCAUGGGCUCAAACAGCCAGAGGUUUAGACUUAAAACUCCCACCAUUUCUCGAUCGAACCAUUCUCAAAUCGCGCAACCCUCCCAAAAUCGAGUUCCACCACCACGAGUUCGACGAAAUCGAAGAUCUUUCCAACACGGAAAAAAUCUAUCAAGGGGAGAAAAUCAUCCACAAAUCCUUCCUUUUCGCCCCCGAAAAGCUCGACUCACUCAAGAAAGAGGCCACCGAAGACGGAGUUUUAAAAAAAUGUUCGACUUUCGAAGCCCUCUCGGCUUUCGUAUGGCGAUCAAGAACUUCGGCCUUAAACUUGCAUCCUAAUCAGCAAACUAAACUCCUCUUCGCCGUCGACGGACGGUCGAGAUUCGUCCCGCCGAUACCAAAGGGAUACUUUGGCAACUCCAUUGUGCUAACAAACUCUAUGUGCAAAGCAGAUGAGUUACUCAAGAACCCUUUUUCAUUUUCAGUUGGAUUGGUUCACAAUGCAAUUGACAUGAUCAAUGAUAGUUACAUGAGAUCUGCUAUUGAUUAUUUCGAAGUUACAAGAGCUAGACCUUCUUUAACAGCAACACUUCUGAUCACAACUUGGACUAAAUUGUCUUUUGACACAACAGAUUUUGGUUGGGGGGAACCACUUUGUUCUGGUCCUGUUACAUUGCCAGAUAAAGAAGUUGUUUUGUUCUUGUCACAUGGUCAAGAAAAGAAAAGUAUAAGUGUUCUUCUUGGUUUGCCUGCUUCUGCUAUGGAACGUUUUGAAGAAUUGGUGAUUAAUAUGGUAUGA